AUCCGGGUCUCAGACAAGGAUGAACGCCAACUUCCAAGAUGGCGGCGGAGGGAGGAGGGAAGGAGACGAACGAAAUUAAAACCCAAUUCACCACGAGAGAAGGCGUCUACAGACUCCUGACGCACUCGGAGUACAGCCGGCCCAACAGAGUCCCCUUCAACUCACAGGGAUCCAACCCCGUGCGCGUUUCGUUCGUCAAUGUGAACGAUCAGUCCGGGAACGGGGACCGGAUCUGCUUCAAUGUGGGCCGGGAGCUGUACUUCUACAUCUACAAAGGCGUGAGAAAGGCGGCCGAUCUGAGUAAACCCAUCGACAAAAGGAUCUACAAAGGAACGCAGCCGACGUGUCACGACUUUAACCCCGUCAGCGCCACGGCCGACAGCGUCUCUCUGCUCGUGGGCUUCUCCGCAGGACAGGUGCAGCUCAUCGACCCCAUCAAGAAGGAGACCAGCAAACUGUUCAACGAGGAGAGGCUGAUAGAUAAGUCCAGAGUGACGUGCGUGCGAUGGGUCCCCGGCUCGGAGACGCUGUUCUUGGUGGCUCACUCCAGCGGCAGCUUGUACCUUUACAAUGUGGAGAACAUGUGCGGAACCACGGCUCCUCACUACCAGCUGCUGAAGCAGGGAGAGAGUUACAGCGUUCACACGUGUAAGAGCAAGACCCCCCGAAACCCCCUGCUGCGCUGGACCGUGGGCGAGGGGGCGCUCAACGAGUUCGCCUUCUCUCCGGACGGGAAGUUCCUGGCCUGCGCCAGUCAGGACGGGUAUCUGCGCGUGUUUGGCUUCGACGCGGCGGAGCUCCAUGGGACGAUGAAGAGUUACUUUGGCGGGCUGCUGUGCGUGUGCUGGAGCCCGGACGGCAGGUACCUGGUGGCGGGCGGCGAGGACGAUCUGGUCACCGUCUGGUCCUUCUCGGACUGCAGGGUCAUCGCCCGGGGACACGGGCACAAGUCCUGGGUGAGCGUGGUGGCCUUCGACCACUGCACGUCCAGCGUGGAGGAGGGGGCGGAGCUUAGCGGCAGCGACGACGACUGCCCCGAGCCCCCUUCAGGCAGAGACAGUCACUGCAGUCUCGCACACAGAAACUCCACAGACAGUCGGCCGCUCAGCGUCACCUACAGGUUUGGCUCCGUGGGCCAGGACACCCAGCUCUGCCUCUGGGACCUCACUGAGGACGUCCUGUUCCCUCACCUGCCCCUGUCCCGCACACGGACUCACACUAAUGUGAUGAGCGCCACCUGCUUGUCGUCUUUGGGACAGACUGCUACUGUACCUCCCUCUUCUGCCCCCUCUUCUACUCCCUCUGCCCCCUCCUCUGCCCCCUCCUCCGCCCCUGGGGUCAACGGCAAAGACGACGGGAGCAACAGCAGCGCCAGCGGCAACUCCGCCACCUCCCUCUGCAACAGCCUCCCCCACUCCACCCCCACAGGCACCUCCCCAGGCAGCAAUACUACCACCAUUACAUCUACUACUACUACUACUACUACUACUAGUACUACCACUACAACGACUACUAACACUACUACUACUAAGGGAAACAGUUUAUUAGACAGCUCCUUUAUCGCCAGCGGCGUCAGCAAAUUUGCGACGCUGUCCUUGCACGAGUCUCGAAAGGACCGCCACGAGAAGGAGCACAAGAGGAACCACAGUUUGGGAAACAGCCGAAGCAGCGACAAGCUCCUGACGCUGGGCUCGGGGUCGCGCACCAAACCCGAGCCCGCCAAGACCCUGGGCACCACGCUGUGCCCGCGCAUGGAGGACGUGCCCAUGCUGGAGCCGCUGGUGUGUAAAAAGAUCGCACACGAGCGGCUCACGGUGCUGAUCUUCUUGGAGGACUGCCUGGUGACGGGAUGUCAGGAGGGCUUCAUUUGCACAUGGGCGCGGCCGGGGAAGGUGGCGAGCGACCGGGCGGUGGAGGACACACUUAUGUGACGGGCGCCGUUUACCCGAGGCUGAGAUGGAGUCGCAAUAUCUACAAGUUAAAGGGCCCGUCUUACACUGUUUAUGAUCCAUGUUCUAACGCUGUGUCCUCCUCAAAAACAGACCUGGAGUUGUGUUUUGUUUCAUUCACAUGUUUGAGUCACACUUUAUUAUUAGUCUGUUACAUCUACAAAGCUCAAAAUGCUCUGUUCCACCUUGUGAUGUCAUCAAGUGGUAGUUUUCAAGUUAACAGCUCCUUUUAUCUUUAGUUCAGUGGAGAUUGGAAAUUCUAGGUCUAAAAUGAUCCAAAUGAUUCUAGAAAUGAAGGUGUGUGGAGUUUAAAAACACAGUGGAGCACUUCCUGUAUCACCACAUGAUGACAUCACAAGGUGGAACCGAGUGUUUUCAGUUUGAGAGAAGAACUCAGCCUAAAUCUACAGGGUUUGUGUGUUAAAAGGCCCAUAUUACACUGUUUUCUAAUGUUUCCUCGUCACAAACAGACCUGGAGUUGUUUAACUCGCAAACCAUUUCGUGACAUCACAAAGUGGAACAGAGUGUUUUGAUCUUUGUAGAUGUUACAGACUAAUAAUAAAGUGUGACUCAAACAUGUGUGAAUGAAACAAAACACAACUCCAGGUCUGUUUUUGAGGAGGAAACAUCAUUAUAAAACGAAUUAAAGCUACAAUAAUCAGUUUUGUGUGAUGUAAGACUUUUAAAGAUGCACUGUGUAACUUUCCUGAUGGGGCCUGUCACGAUGACACAGUUUGAAGCUCGAUAAUAUUGAAACGAGCGCUACUACUUGAAACUAAGCCACUCACGCAGUAGUAAAUGGAUUUUAAAUGUAAAGUUUCAUUAAAGGGAAAGCAACAAAAAUAAAGAACCACAGAAGUUUGUUUUUAAACCUUCUACAAAUCUCAUUCACGGCUAAAAUAAAAGAAAAACUCCCCAUUAUUGCAAAGAAAAGCGACAAACGAGAUCGUACAGUGUGUCAGAGUGACAGUGGCUCAGUUGGUAGAGCGUUUGCCUGUUGAUUUCAAGGUUGCCGGUUCGAUUCCCGUCCCGUGUCUGUGCCCACUGGUGUAUAAAUGACGCUUUGAGUGACUUUAUCGUGACAGUUCUGUGGAGCUGCGAGCUUGUCUCCAUGACGAUAUCAUUGCUUUGUCUGGAAUGUUCCACAGCACGGCAUUAAGCAGAUUUUUUUCAACGCUCAAAUCUCUGGUAAAACACGCCGCCGCGUUCUUGCCGUGAGCUUGGACGCCGAUUUUUUACAGCUGUGACCAGAUAAGUGUAAUGCCAUACUCUGGAACCUUUUAAUGAAACGCAACAGCAUCUCCACGGACACGUAAAGCACCAGAAAAGUUACACAUUGCACCUUUUAUUGACGUCACAACCAGUUCCCAGUUCACAUUACCCACGUUUGAUUAAAUCCUGCGUGUUUGUGUCACGUGUCGGGGCUGAACGAUCCAAACAAAAUGGCCGUUUAUUUAAAAAAAAACGCUGAGAUCGACGCGUCCCCCGUGUCUCCAGGAGCGUUUUUUUUUAUUUCUCAAACCUGUUAACGAAGUGUUUUAAACUUCUACAAACACGCUCUGAAAUGAUUUCUGUUUUAGUUUAGCUCUUAAAACGUAACAACUCUAUUUAUUCCGCACGAGACAGAACGCACAAUCAUCAUCCGUCAGCCAUUUUGAGACGCUUCAGCCCUGAGUCCGUCGUCUGCGUCGUCGAGGUCGUCUUUCUACACUGCAAAAAACAUCUGGAUUUGUUCAUUUUACUUCAGUUCAGAAGAGGAGUUUAUAUUUGACUUUACUAGUUCAUAGACUCCAUGUUAUUUGACUUGUUUUGAGAUAUUUAUGAUUUGUUUAAGUUGUUUUUCAUGUUAAGAUAAAUUAUUUGCAAUUAUGGGAUUUUUUUUGUGACAGAUUAUCGUUCUUUACCAAUAAUUAUCUUCAAAAUAGUCAGAAAUGUACCGUAACGUUCAUAUAAACCACAGGUCUUCCUCGUUUAGGUGCAUUAAUCUAAAUAUAAAACUGUACCAAACAAACCACACUGAGGAUUCAAGUCAAUUUAACUCUUUGUAGAUGAGAAAUGUUUCAUUUUUUUGCAGCGUAGAGAUGCACAAAUGUCCGUUUCGUUCCGUUUUGUUCUGCACUUGUCCUUUAUCGACUGCUGUUUGUUUGAAUUCACGCAGCCGUUUGUCCAAAACAGGGUUAAAAUGUGUUUAAACUGUUUUAUUUCCAUCUCAUGUCAAAUUUUAUUAUUUUCACUGUAAAAAAAAAUUUAAAAUUUGUGAAUUCAGAAUCUUCGUUUGACUAGUUUAGAUUUAUGUCACUAUCAGGCCUAAGAUUAUAAGAAAAACUACCAACGAGAGACGAAGAAGUGACGUCACCACAGCUUCAGCUCCAAAUGAAGCUCAUCGAGGUCAGAGCAGAUACAGGGGCUGAUUCAGAGUAUCAUAGCAACCAAAGAGCCAAUCAGGAGCCAGGCUGCUGAAGGUAACGCCUCUUCCCGCCCACAGCACUGGUUUAACAGGGAGCAGGCGCUUAGCAACGCUGUCAAUCAAACCUGUUGCUAACACUAAUGCUAACGCUAACGAGAGUGACCUCGGGGAAAGAAGGACCUGAUUUGUCUGUUAUUAAUGUUCAUAUCUUGAUUUACAGACACAAUAGUGAAAUAAAAACCCCAGGAUCAUGUAGAGGGUUAAUACGAACAUUUAAGAACAAACCAGGACUAAACCGGGACUAAACCGGGACUAGACCGGGACUAAACCAAGACUAAACCAAGACUAAACCAAGACUAAACCAAGACUAAACCGGGACUAAACGAAGACUAAACGAAGACUAAACAAGGACUAAACAAGGACUAAACCAAGACUAAACCAAGACUAAACAAGGACUAAACAAGGACUAAACCAAGACUAAACCAAGACUAAACAAGGACUAAACCGAGACUAAACCAAGACUAAACCAAGACUAAACAAGGACUAAACCAAGACUAAACCAGGACUAAACCAAGACUAAACCAGAACUAAACCAAGACUAAACCAGAACUAAACCAAGACUAAACCAAGACUAAACCAAGACUAAACCGGGACUAAACCAGGACUUAAAUCCAGUUAUUGAACCUGAUCGUUUGUAUUGACAUAUCUGAGGGCCUGUGGGAGGGCAUCUGAAUCAGCGGACCAUUACAAAACACCUUGAACAGGUGGAGUGAUCAAAGCCGUAGAAGUGAUUCAGUCUAAACUGGUCAAACCAAACGAGAUUCUGGAAUAAUCUGAUUGUUGUGGUGUUUAUUUGUCGCAGUGUGUGUGAAAACGUCGAGUUAAACGGUGAAUCUUCCACGUCACAGAUCUUCCCAAACUUUUACUUUAACAAUCACACGGACAAAGGGCCUGGACGAGGCGACGACCGCUACAUGGACUAGUGUCACUCGGGCCAGUCGUGUUCUGUUCUACGAAACAAUGAGAUGACGUGAUCUGAAUUCUGACGCUUAAAUUCAUCUGGAUUUGAGAUUUGACUCACGUUAAUAAGUUUUUAGAGAUAUUUUUGUUAAUUCAAAGUUUAAAUGGCCCAUAUUUCACUAUUUUGUGAUGUUAUAGUGUUGGUUCCUCCUCAAAAACAGACCUGGAGUUGUGUUUUGUUUCAUUCACACAUGUUUCAGUAAUCCCGGUGUCUACAAAAUGCUCUGUUCCACCUUGUGAUGUCAUCAAGUGGUAGUUUUCAAAGUGAACAGCUCCUUUUACCUUUAGUUCAGUCGAGAUUGGAUAAUUUCAGUUCUGGAAUUGCCAAAUGAUUCUAUAAAUGAAGGUGUGUGGAGUUUAAAAACACAGUGGAGCACUUCCUGUAUCACCACAUGAUGACAUCACAAUGUGGAACAGAGUGUUUUCAGUUUGAGAGAAGAACUCAGCCUAAAUCUGCAGGUUUGUGUUAAACGUGUGAGAAUGAAACAAAACCUAACUCCAGCUCCGUUUGUGACGAGGAAACGGCGUAAACACGAGCCGCUUUAAUCUAAUUCCAAACUCAGAUCAUCUCGUCUCAGUUUUUUUUUUUUUUUUGCACAGACGUCGUCGUUUCUUUCGGCUCGUUUCGAAACACGGACUUUAAAGCGGAGACGCACAGAAGUAUCAAAAACACUCGGGGGGGAUCCGCUCGGUGUCGCCCUCUGGUGUCUAUGCUGGAUGCUGCAAUCGUAGUUUUUUAUACAGAUGUUUGAAUAAUUUGCACUUAUUAAUAGUUUGGUAGAGGAGAAUGGCUUUACAAUUUACAAAACAUAUAAAUAGAUACAAAAAUAAGUUUGUAUGUAUUAAAGGUUUAUUUUAAUAUUGUUUGAAAGUAAAUGAGAUUUGUACAUAUGUGUAAAUACGGACUUGGGUCAAACUAGUCGCGAGUUUUUGAGGAAAUCUUUAGCCGAUAUUGAAUUUUGAACCUUCAGGUGAAACUGCGUCUUUGCUGAUGUAAAUAUAGAGAUUUCAGGUGUAUUUUUCUGACUUAAAUAAUCCGUUUGUUUUGGGGGAGGUGUGAGGAGCCUCUCGUUAACAGGUAGGACUACACUGCACAAAAUGAUGUCUGCAUUAGUUAAAAUGGCUUGAAUUAAGAAUAUUCAUCUUGAUUUGAGUGCUUUUGACUAAUUUGGAUUUUUUUUUGGUUGAUUUUACUUCAUAUUUCUGAGGAAUCCCAACGUCUAGACUUUAUUUUGAAAUCCUGUGUGUAUUUUCUAACCUCAUUAUCAUAGAUUUUGCUUAAAGUUUACAAUAAAUACUUCAAUUUUUUGCUUUAAAAUGAAUUAAAAACCAGUCUGAAAUAUAUUUGAACCAUUUAAUAAUUUUUCCGUCUCAAAGUCGACACCAAAACUGCUCAAAAAUUAAUAUUAAAAUUCUGAAUUCAAGUCAUUUUAACUCCUGUUUUUAAACGUGUGUCGUCACCUUUCUGAGCUCAGGUAUUGUAUUAGAAACUACAGUACAGCGCCUCCUGUUGGUGCGUCUGUGAAUCUCACUUGGACUCACUGCAAAAACACAUCUGCGCCAGUUACAUGACUUGAAUUUUUAAUAUUUAUUUUAAGCAGUUUUAACGAGUUUUGAGAAAUUUAUUCACGAUUUUGGAGUUGUUUUUUUUUUUAGAUAUUUCUGGUUUUGCAAAUUAUUUUUUAUUUAUUUCAAAGCAAAAUGGAAUAAGAUGUUCUUCCAGUUCUGUUAAGAUAAAAAAAAUACAAUCAUUAGCGAAUUAUUUUCAUCUUUAACUUAAAAAAAAUGUAGUAAUCAAAGUGAGUAUUGCUAAUUCCCGUCGUUUUGCUGCGUGUGGACGUGUUUUUGCGGUGUGCUCUUGCAGACAGGGCUGUGUGUGUGACUUUGUUUAAAUGCUGAUUCAAACACUGUGUGAUGUACCAUAGGAGAGCCUCUUCCCCUCGUGUCACGCCAUUAAAACUGCUU